AAGCUUGUACCUUUAAUCAUGCAGUUUGACGUUAAUCCACUGACACUGCGAAGAUCCUUGGCAAAUGCGGUACUUUCUGCGAAUCAUAAGGGAUCCGAUGAACUAAGCCUUCUAAUGUAUAAAGAUCCACCAACUGAAGAUGUCACACUGGUCGAAUUUGAACAGUUGGCUUUGCGUCGCCUGAAGGUUUUAAGAGCUGUUGAAACGGCGAAGGAGCAAUUCCCUCGAAAUCUGGAAGAGUUCAAAGACGCUUUAUCGAGGAACCUCUCAAAACUGAUGCCUCUUGCUUGUGGUAUAUGUCGCCCUGAAAAUGUUGCUGAGGAAAGCAGAUGGGAUCUUGCAUCUCAUUAUAUACUUCGCUUAGCUUUCUGUAGAGUACCAGAGCGAGCAAAAUGGUUCAUUCAACAAGAGUUAGAAUUGUUCAGGUUUAGAUUCCAAAGGGAGAUCAAAAAUCGGUCCUUAAUUGCGCGUUUCCUUGCAGCAAAUGAUUUUAAGUUCGAUGUCUUAACCACAGCAGAAAAAGAUGAUAUUAGCAGUGAACUUUCAAACGCAAAUCAGAUAAGUGUCCAAAAAGCACGAUGUAUUGAUUUCUGGAAGGCUCCGUUUUCAGUAGUUAGUGAUUAUUUGAAAGGAUGUCCGUACAUUUGGGACGGAUUUGUUUACCUUUCUCAGGAUGACCUUGUUGGAGUUGUAUGUUCACAGUUCAGGAUGAUGAUGUCAGCGUCAAUGGCAAAAGCAAGCAAAUUCAUUGGUUUUGUUGAAGAAGAAGAAGAAGAUCGCCUUUUACCGUUAUUGAGUGGUUUAUCUGAUAGAAGUUGCCAUCUUGGUAAGCAGUAUGACGGUAAAGACGGGAACAAGAAAGUGUCACCAGAAACAAUUGAUCAGGCAAGUGAAUUUACUGAUAGUUCACUCUGUCGGAAUGAAGCUAUAUCUCGUUGUAUUGAUGAAUUUGUGUUCAAGCUGGCAGUUAAAUCGUUCCCCUUGUGUAUGCGCCACAUCCAUCAGUGCCUGCGUACAAAUCAUCACCUUCGUCAUAACGCUCGUAUGCAGUACGGAUUAUUUUUGAAAGGAAUUGGAUUAUCUUUAGAGGAUUCCUUAGCAUUUUGGAGAGCCGAAUUCACCAAAAAAAUAGAUAAGGAGAAAUUUGAUAAGCAGUACGCCUAUAAUAUACGGCACAAUUAUGGGAAGGAAGGACGACGUGUUGAAUAUUCUGCAUAUUCAUGUACGAGAAUCAUUUUAGGUGCUGCUCCUUCUCCCAUCGAAUGUCACGGUUGUCCGUAUAAACAUUGCUCUCCAGAAAUAUUAACACAACGGUUAAAGAGCGUCGGAUUGUCUGAGAACUAUAUCCAAAAGGCAAGUAUGUGUGCUCAAUACGACAAAGCGUGUACCGCUUACUUCGAGUACAGCCAUAAACUGGACGACAAUGCCCUCGGUACUGUCAUAACUCACCCCAACCAGUAUUUCGAGUUGUCGACAGAGAUAAUCGAGGGCAGAAAAGUGAUAACUGAUCCAUCACAAGAGGUUGUUGCGAUGACUAAGCAGGAAGAAGAGGUACAACCAAUGGAGGAAGAUGAUCAGGAACUUCUGUCUCUCAGUUGA